AUGAGUCGGUCGCAGGACACCGUCAUCGAUGAUGACGAGGAAACCUGCCCACUCUGCAUCGAAGAGUUUGACCUAUCCGACAAGAACUUCAGACCGUGUCCUUGUGGCUAUCAGAUUUGUCAGUUCUGCUUCAACAGUCUUAAGACAACAUACGAAAAGAGUACAUGCCCGAACUGUCGAAGACCCUACGAUGAGAAGACCAUACAGUACAAAAUCCCGACAGCUGAAGAAUUCAAACUCGAUCAGUUGAACAAAAAUAAAAAGCAAGCCGCAGCCAAACGAAAGGAGACAGAGAAGCGUGAGGUGGAAAAUUCAUCACGUCGCAACCUCGCUGGUGUGCGUGUCAAGCAACAGAAUCUUGUCUAUGUUAUCGGCCUCAUUCCGCAGAUUAAAGAUGAGCAGGCACUGCUGCAGACUCUCCGCGGUCCAGAAUAUUUCGGCCAAUACGGCGAAAUUGAGAAGAUCGUCGUCAGUAAAGCCAAACCAGGAGCUGCGAACCAAGGAAUCGGCGUCUACGUGACUUAUGCUCGCAAAGAGGAUGCUGCUCUCUGCAUCAACACGGUUGAUGGGUCUCUCAACGGCGAUCGCGUCCUCAGGGCCCAAUUUGGCACCACGAAAUACUGCUCGGCUUAUUUGCGAGGGGAGACGUGCACGAACAAAAACUGCAGCUUCCUCCAUGAGACUGGCGAAGAUGGCCAGCACAGCUCCUUACAAAAUGAACCCCAUGGAGCAAAACUGCCCGUUCGACCUGCCGUGUCCACCCAGACGUCGCAAAUGAACCCUCCACCACGACCUCAGUCAAUCGUCCAAAAUGCGAAUACUCAACCAAUGGCUCGGCAAGGUAGCAAAGAAAACGACAUUAGCAGGAAGAACUCUCAGGAUAGUUCUGCCCUGCCCUCCACUGCAAGCUGGGCGACUGCAAAUGCUUCCGUCGUACGAACGAGACGAGCAAGCCAAACCAACAGUAGAGCUACUCCGAGUCCCCAAGUCACUCAUGCUUCGCUCGCGGCCCAGAAGCUGGAUGACCACAAAGCUAAGGACCCUCCUGCUAGUCAGCCACCUACCUCGACAGUUCCCCCGAAGACCGCGCCUAGACCAGACCAGACAAUUUCCAAACCGAAGUCGAAACCGUUGGACCCAAUACAAAAACAAUACGAAGAGGUCCUGCGAUGUGUAUCGCGGAGUUAUCGAUUCAUCUACGACGAUUCGUGUCUCAGUCCAGAAGCUCGCGCCGCGGUGGAUGACAUGCCUUGCUUUAUCGACCCUUAUGGCGGUGCCAAACGCCGUGCCAUGCGGGAGAAAGAACAAGCCGAGCGUGCAAAGCUGGAGGCCGAAACGAAAGCGAAACUCGAGGCCCAAGCCACCUCAGCCGCGGAAGAAACACUGGAAGAAGACAACGUCGUUGCUGGUAGCCUCGCUCUCGGUGGAGAACCAGAGGAUGAUCCCAGGGGCUCUUCCGCACGUGGAGCAAUUGGGCGCCCGACCCAGUCUUUGAGCGAUCAAUUUGCGUCAAUGGGUUUGAGUAAUCGCAGUCUGACGCCUCAACAGCGGCAACAAUUGGCUCUGCUUAACACCAGUAGUUUGCCACAGGCUCCAGGCCUCGGGCAACCAAGCUCCCAGAACAUCGCUUUCGAGAUGUCAGACUUUGACCGAAGAGGACCACAGUAUAGCCAAGCGCAGUAUGAACAGAUUAGCAGUCAUCAACGCCACGGUUCCAGAUACUUCAACAACGAUACCAAAGCAGGCUCCGGCAGUCGCUUUCAAGGCCAGCAGCAGAGCUUCUACUCCAGUGGAAUUCAAGGACCCCCUCCCGGCUUGCCAACAGCCGGUACACCUCCGGUUAGUGGAGGCGGCAUGUUCGCCCAUGGCCAAAAUUUCACCAACCCUGGUUUUGGAACUUCCAAAGACAUCAACGCGGAAGUCUAUUCGCGGAAUCGCAGUGGAACAAAUCAAGGUCAUGAUCUGUCUAAGCGUGAGUUGCUCCUUUCCUUGCAAAGUAACCCCCUUCGGUCACCCCCAUUAUCAGCCCCUGCCCCUGGCGUCCUCAACCCGCUCUACGCUCAAUAUCAAACAUACCAAGAUCCUGGGCUUGUCAAGCAAAGGAAAAAGGGCAAGAAGCACAGACACGCUAACACUUCCUCUUCAGGAGGUGGUGUAGAGCAUCUUGCAGACCCGAGCAUCGCAUCAGCGAGAGUCCACCAGAGCAAUACGGCAGGGCAGGGGCUGUUUGGGGGUAAUCAAGGUGGGUACCAGCAAUCAAACCUAUACGGCGGCGGCGGCGGGUACAAUCGAUGGUGA